AUGGUUGUUGAACGACUACCCAUCGAGUUGAUGCCUUUUUUAAUAUACGGCGAUCAAAUUCACGAGGUUAAUGGGAAUCAGAUAUCGACGAAGAAACACCUUGAUUUGCAAUUCCAAAAUGCUGCUUCGAUCCCGUCGGCUGUCACCCUCACCAUUAUUCGCGUCUGGAAUAUUCGGCCAGCGACGAAAUCGCAAAUCCUCAAUCAAAGUGUCAUCGACGAGCGAUGCGCGUACUUUGUCGUGCGCGUGCAAAAGUUUAUGAAGGUGAACGGGUGCAAAAUGAAGUAUGAGCGAAAGAAAAUCACAAUCGUCGAGGUCGCGCCGCGGUCGAAUGCUUCGUUUGCAUUCCUCCAAGGUGAUCGAAUACUCGAUUUCGAUGGGAGCCAUGAAGUGUCGGCACAACUUGCCAAAUACGAUAUCACAUGUGUUAGAAGGGUAUACGCGAAAAGAAUGAAAAGGGAUGGAUAUAUUGAUUGUUUCAUGGAGCGACCGAUCGGUGUACGCAGUUCGCCGAACCCGAGUGUCUACGGCGAACUCUCAUUAGUGCUGCCGCUGCCGCCGAAAACGUCGGCGAUUGCCGGCAUUUCGCAAAACGAGAAAACAGUUAUGGUGCCGUCAGCAACAUCUUUUAACAGUCCAGACCCGCCGAUUGAGUCCGAUGCCGUCGAAAUCGCGCUGCGAGAACUUUGCAGAGUGCAGGCACAAAUUGCGGAUGACUCAUUUUCGCUGUUCCACAAGGGACGCUCUUUGCUCCGAGACAAGGAUAAAAAUAUCGAGCGAUCGGUGUUCAUGAUUGAUGUGAAUCGCGCGAACCCAGAUCGCAAAAAAACAAAAAGGAGAACUCUUCGAAAACCGCGGCCGAACCAAAUAAUCGCAUUCAAGGACACCCCAGAGACGUCGCGAAUCCUCUCCGAUGUGUCUGACGACGUUGAAUUGAAGAAGGUUGAUGCGCGCUCGGGAAUUGUUGCUUACAUCCGAAACGCGUUUGGAUAA